AUGAUAAUAAAACCCGUAGUGACGUUCGGCUAUCUCAUCAAUGAUAGUGCGGUGUGGCAACGCCGCUUCGCUCACCUGGCGCUUACCUGCGCAGUGUCAACGAGGGGCAAGCGCGGCAGUCGAUCCACCGAUCCGACGGGCACAUUUUCACUUACGGAAAUCGCUUACGUAGACGUAGCGGUAAAACGCCGCCCGCGCCACCAGUUACUGACGGUUUCUAGGGACUUGAUCACCGUUAGUGUUGUGAAGAAGUUAACUAAUAACUUGGUGUUAAGAGUGCAGUGGGAAGUGCAUGGCGCGAUGAUUAGCGGGGGCUGGGUAUGCGCGCUGCACGUCCGCACCGCGGGCCUCGGGGGCUCUGCGCUGGGAUCGGACGAAGAGGAGAUUGUGUACCUCGCCUAUGUUGUCAUAGACGUUAUAACUAACCAGGUCAUAGGGGAAAGAGAAUAUGCAGUUAGGCCGACAAGGCGGCCGUCAGAAGAAUUGCAAACAGGUCAACCGCUCGAUGUAGUGGUGCAACAGUUCGAUGAGUUCGUGCGCUCUCUGCAAGUGGACCCUCACUCCCCCCUCUUCAGGCUCGUCACAGACGGACAGCCACCGCUCAGGCAAUGUCUUCACCCAGAAGCGUGCAGUAAGGACAUAACCCUCCCAACAUACUACGCCCGUUUCCAUGAUCUUCGCAAGGAAUAUGUUCGCGCGUAUACUUUGCGGGCAGUCACGAGGGCGCAACCUGCACCUCCUCCUCCUGACCAUCCUGGGUCCCUGGUGGAUAUGGUUAAUUAUUUAGGUAUAACUCCGUACGCCGGCGAAAAUUUCUACGCAGCGGAAGUGAAAGACAUGGCGAGUGUGAUACAAAGGAUAAUUGCAGAUGGAUUUAGAUUAGAAUUACCAGAAACCAUCGAUCUCGUUUUAGAAACUGGAAUUUGCUCAAAAGACGAUGAAAUAGACGGCAACUGCAUAGUACGAGCUCGGGGUCUACCUUGGCAAUCCUCUGACCAAGAUAUUGCCAAAUUCUUCCGGGGACUCAAUGUGGCCAAGGGUGGAGUAGCUCUGUGCCUCUCGCCCCAGGGUCGACGUAACGGAGAGGCUCUGGUACGCUUCGUGUCUCAGGAACAUAGAGACAUGGCGCUCAAACGACACAAACACCAUAUCGGCCCGCGGUACAUUGAAGUAUACCGGGCUAGUGGGGAAGACUUUCUUUCAGUAGCCGGCGGGGCUACGAGUGAAGCAGCCGUUUUCUUAUCCCGCGGCGCCCAAGUCAUCGUGCGUAUGCGCGGCCUGCCCUACGAUGCGACACCACAACAAGUUUUGGAAUUCUUCUCAACGGGCGACGAUCCCGUUCAAGUGUUAGAUGGCGCGGAGGGUAUUCUAUUCGUUCGGAGGGCCGACGGGAGGGCCACAGGUGAUGCCUUCGUACUCUUCUCCAAAGAGGAAGACACGCCUAAAGCACUCUCUCGACAUCGUAAGCUAAUUGGAGCGAGAUACAUCGAGCUGUUUAGGUCUACUACUGCUGAAGUUCAACAAGUACUAAACCGGUCAUUAGAAACGCGCACAAGUCAAGCUAGUACGCCCUCCACAGCGAACCCACCAGCAGAAGGACUGUUACCAGUAGCGCUAGUUCCGCAGCACGUCAUCACUUCUGGUACAGCUAAGGACUGUGUUAGAUUGAGAGGGUUACCUUAUGAAGCUCAGGUUGAACACAUUCUGACAUUUUUAGAUGAAUUCGCAAAGAACAUAGUUAUGCAGGGAGUGCACAUGGUGUACAAUGCUCAAGGUCACCCUAGCGGUGAAGCAUUCAUACAAAUGGACAGUGAAGCUAGCGCCUUCCUCUGUGCGCAACAGAAACACCAUCGGUACAUGACGUUUGGCAAGAAACAACGGUACAUCGAGGUGUUCCAAUGUUCAGGCGACGAUAUGAACCUAGUGUUGACCGGCGGAGUCACUCCUGCCACAUCGCCUAAGGUGCUAUCCCCUGGUCCUGUAACAUAUUAUUAUCCAGCGAUGGGUCCGACCUUACCACCUCCGCUGGUCUACUGGGGUUACCCGACACCCCCCGUGUCGCCUGCACAUUACUAUCAUCCCCCACAUCACCCUCAAACCAUGAUACCAGAGGUAGUAUCUGUAGGCGGGGGGUCCCCCUUACCGAUCCCACCUCCGGCCGCUUGCCCCGAAUGGCCAAUAUUUAUGGUCAAC